CUCGAACUUGGUCGGGGCGCGGAUCCCGAGAGGGAAAGUCAUAACUACCGCACGAGGGAGUUCGACUGGCGAGCUGGAAGGCCACGCCUCCUCCCGCCUGCCCCCGCAGCCCUGUAGCUGGGGGCAGAGCUCAGACUGUCUUCUGAAGAUUGAUGUCUAUUUCCUUGAGCUCUUUAAUUUUGUUGCCAAUUUGGAUAAGCAUGUCACAAAUUCAGCAGGGAGGUCCAGAUGAAAAAGAAAAGACUACAGCACUGAAAGAUUUAUUAUCUAGGAUAGAUUUGGAUGAACUAAUGAAAAAGGAUGAACCACCUCUUGAUUUCCCUGAUACCCUGGAAGGAUUUGAAUAUGCUUUUAAUGAAAAGGGGCAGUUAAGGCACAUAAAAACUGGGGAACCGUUUGUUUUUAACUACCGGGAAGACUUGCACAGAUGGAACCAGAAAAGAUACGAAGCUCUAGGAGAGAUCAUCACGAAGUAUGUAUAUGAGCUCCUGGAAAAAGACUGUAAUUUGAAAAAAAUCUCUAUUCCAGUAGAUGCUACUGAGAGUGAACCAAAGAGUUUUAUCUUUAUGAGUGAGGAUGCUUUGACAAAUCCACAGAAACUGAUGGUUUUAAUUCAUGGUAGUGGUGUUGUCAGGGCAGGUCAGUGGGCUAGAAGGCUUAUUAUAAAUGAAGAUCUGGACAGUGGCACACAGAUACCUUUUAUUAAGAGAGCUAUGGAUGAAGGAUAUGGAGUAAUAGUACUGAAUCCCAAUGAAAACUAUAUUGAAGUAGAAAAGCCGAAGAUACACGUGCAGUCAUCUUCUGAUAGUUCAGAUGAACCAGCAGAAAAACGAGAAAGAAAAGAUAAAGUCUCUAAAGAGACAAAGAAGCGACGUGAUUUCUAUGAGAAGUAUCGUAACCCCCAAAGAGAAAAAGAAAUGAUGCAGUUGUAUAUCAGAGAAAAUGGUUCUCCUGAAGAACAUGCAGUCUAUGUGUGGGACCAUUUCAUAGCCCAGUCUGCAGCUGAAAAUGUGUUUUUUGUUGCUCACAGCUAUGGAGGACUUGCUUUUGUUGAACUGAUGAUUCAACGAGAAGCAGAUGUAAAAAGUAAGGUAACUGCUGUGGCGUUGACAGACUCUGUUCACAAUGUGUGGCAUCAAGAAGCUGGCAAAACGAUUCGAGAAUGGAUGAGAGAGAACUGUUGUAAUUGGGUCUCUAGCACAGAACCAUUAGACACAUCAGUGGAGUCCAUGCUGCCUGACUGUCCCCGAGUCUCAGCAGGCACCGACCGUCACGAGCUAACGUCCUGGAAGAGCUUCCAGUCUAUUUUCAAAUUCUUCACCGAAGCCUCGGAGGCCAAGAGCAGCUCCUUGCGGCCGGCCGGGACGCGGCGCUCGCACCGACUGAAGCCCGAGGAGCCGUAGGAGGCGACAGCGGGCGCCGGGGAGGGGCCGCCCCCGCCCGUCUCCUGCCGGCUGCUGCCGGCGAGCAGCCUCCCAGCCCUUCAUUAGAUUGUUUUCUUCCCAGAGCACAGGGUCGUGAUAUAUACAUCUAAAUAGCGUUUUGCAUUAUUUCUAGAUGAGUGCAACUGUCAAAGCAAUAUGGGUGCACUGGCCGUGCUUGCUGCGGGCCGAGCGCGGGCUC